AAUCUGCGGGGUAAUUGUGAUUAUGUUCUUUUAUCAUUGAAAAUAUCAACUCUACAUUUCGCAAUCGUAGGGCCUUGUCGUUUGCAAUGAUGGGAGAUCCUUACAAAUAUACAAUUCGCCUCUCACACGCAUUCCAUUCGAGUUUCUUAAGUGGCACGUGGUCAUAGACGAUGAUAUUAAACCUUUGAAAGGAUUACUGUUGAGACAGAUACUCUCUCAAUAAUUCUUCUUAGUUUCUUGAUUAACUUUCCUUCACUGGCGUUAGCUUCCAAUUCCUUUAAUAUACGACAUGGCCAAUUUAUUCAAGGUCCAGGGAUUACCAUGGGAAGAUAAAUGUUAGAAUUCGUCCUAAUUUCUGUUGACUUAGCUCAAGUUUGCUUCUCAUGUUACUAAGCCUCUUAGGUACUGGUCGAUGCGGCGGUCUUAUGAAAUGGCCAUCAAUUUAAGCAAAUCAGUCUACCCAAUUAAAAUUUGUUCAAUUUACUCUCUCACUUAACUCGUUGUGUUUACGUAUUACGCUAAUUACAUCGAGAAUGUUUUCAGGAGGAAAUUUGCGGAAAUUUGCUCAAGUCCCGAAUUCACAAAGUCGUUUGUGGUAUCAGCAACUCUUCGCUUAAGCGAAAUUUGUGUGGCGGAAGUGAUUGCUGUGUCUCUUUCCCUGUAUAUUUCACUGUCGUGUGAAAUUCGUCGUGUUUAUUUGUUCAGCCAAAGUUCCAUAGAAAGCUAUGAAUAAUUACAAAUAUCGGCAAACGGAAUAAAAAAAGUGAAGCAUAUUCUGCAGCGGUACUAGGAUUAAAUUAGAAUGUGAGAUGUGUACAGGUUCUCAUCAGUUUCAAGACACCUGAAGUGAAUGGUUCUGAAGGCGUAAUUAACAAACAGCAAAUUAUGCAGUGUCAGAAGUUUCAGCGUCUAAAUUCUCUCUAGAGAAAUAUAUAAACUUCACCAGGACUGUGAAUAUCCCGUCGCCCACAGCUCCAUCUCAUCUCUCGGGCCAUGGUAGGAUGACGAGCGUGACGGGCUGAUGGAUUCGUCGUCGCUGCUCCGAGGAUCCGCCGGCUGGCGGGUCGCAGGCUGAAGAUCUCUUGCCAGGCUGGAGGUGAAGCACAGCCAAAUGGUGGGAGACGUUCCAGGAGCGACGGGGGUGAGGUGGGGUGACGAAGGAGGUGUGGACGAGCGACUCCUGCAGGAAGAAGAGGAUGGAGAAGACAAAGAAGACAGGGAAGGGCAGGUGCGCUUCUCGAUGUCCAGGCUGCAGAGCAGAUCCAUCGUCUCCCUGCCACCGGAGCCCUUCAUGAUCAUGCGUUCAAAGGCGCUGAACAGACGCGUGCAGCUGAACGUCGGGGGAGUGCGACACGAGGUGCUGUGGCGGACGCUGGAGCGACUUCCUCAUACAAGACUCGGCAGACUAAGAGAAUGCAACACGCAUGAAUCCAUCAUGGAACUUUGUGAUGAUUAUUCCCUCAUAGAAAAUGAGUAUUUCUUUGACAGACAUCCUCGGUCGUUCUCCUCCAUCUUAAAUUUUUACCGCACUGGUAAAUUACACCUGGUGGAAGAGAUGUGUGUGUUGGCGUUCAGCGAUGACCUGGAAUACUGGGGUAUCGAUGAGCUGUACCUCGAGUCGUGCUGCCAGCACAAGUACCACCAAAGAAAGGAGCACGUGCACGAAGAGAUGAGAAAGGAGGCAGAGUCCCUCAAGCAAAGAGAAGAUGAGGACUUUGGCGACGGCGCUUGUGCGCCAUACCAGAAGUUCUUGUGGGACCUCAUGGAGAAACCACAGACUUCGUUCGCUUCCAGGGUUCUGGCAGUGAUCUCCGUGGUCUUCAUCGUGGUGUCUACUGUAGCUCUCGUCCUAAACACAGUGCCAACUUUCCAAGGCGAAGAUCAAACAGAUAACGAAACUUUGGCAAUGGUUGAAGCUGUCUGUAUCACAUGGUUCACGCUUGAAUACGUACUUAGAUUUGCCGCGAGUCCGAACAAGUGGAAAUUUUUCAAAGGAGCUAUGAAUGUUAUAGAUUUGUUGGCUAUUUUACCGUAUUUCGUGUCACUUUUUCUCAUAGAAUCAAAUAAGCAUUCUGACCAAUUUCAAGACGUUAGAAGAAUCGUACAAAUUUUCAGAAUAAUGAGAAUUCUGAGAAUUUUAAAACUUGCCAGACAUUCGACUGGCCUUCAGAGUUUAGGUUUCACGUUGAAGAACUCCUACAAAGAGCUGGGUCUCCUCAUGUUGUUUUUGGCAAUGGGUGUUCUAGUGUUUUCAAGUUUGUGCUACUUCGCGGAGAAAGAAGCUAAUCCCUUAUAUGGCAGCAUACCAGAAGCUUUCUGGUGGGCUGGCAUUACAAUGACCACCGUUGGGUACGGCGAUAUUUAUCCAGUGACACCGCUAGGCAAAGUGAUAGGUUCAGUGUGCUGUAUUUGUGGUGUGCUGGUCAUUGCGCUGCCUAUUCCUAUCAUCGUCAACAACUUCGCCGAGUUCUACAAGAACCAAAUGCGUCGAGACAAAGCGCUCAAGAGGCGCGAGGCUCUCGAGCGAGCGAAGAGGGAAGGCAGCAUAGUGUCCUUCCACCACGUAAAUCUCCGAGACGCCUUCGCAAAGUCCAUGGACCUCAUCGACGUCAUUGUUGACACAGGCCACAACAUGUCUCAAGCUGACGCCAACUCUUUGGCGGGAGAAGAAUCCAUCCGCGCAGGUCACACUGGUACCGGCUGCUAUAAGAACCAUGAGCAUCACCAGGGUCGAAAAGGACCAUCGUCUGACGACCAUUCUACUGGAGUGAUGGACUCAAGCGCUACCAGGCUGGACAAUCAGCCGAACAACAAGUUGCCGGCGCCGUUCAUAGCGUCGGGCAUUGAAGACAAGUCAGGCGCCGACACGCCUAACUUCCAGACGCCGGAAAGUGUGCGGCGCCACGUGAAGGUAGCUCUGCUGGCAGAUACUAGCACAGUUUACAAAUGUUGCCACUGUUCUAAGGAGAUGUCAGCUACUUCCUCUCCUUUGGCGGUAAAACUCAUCAAUGGCUCGGACUUCAGUAAAGACGCUGCGUCUUACCCUUUAACUCCCCGUUUGCUGAACAAGGCCGUGGUUCAGCGUCCCUCGGCGUACCCUCUCGACGCCGGUGAAGCAAGUAAGCCCGAGGGCAGUUCCCUCUCCUCUUCAGCAGCCUGUAAGCAAAGCUCAACUGAAGGCGGAGAUCCACAAGUGCCUGACACUUCAGGUGGCGGUAGUGGCAAAUCAUCGGUGAGAGGCGCCGACUUUUCAGGCCUGAGGCCAUCCCAUUCUUUCUACGAUCGCGGCAAGAAGUCCAUUCUGAAACACCGCGACCCAGAAACUGAACAACUCCUACCACCAAUCAGCACAGACUCCCCUGGGAAGAGAAACCGACCAACUCCUCCUGUUAAAUUCGUUGGUUUGAGUGAUGACGAUGAAGAGUAUGAACGGAGAAUGCCCAUCAGAAGACAGCCCCUACCUCCCGUAACUCCUAGGUGCCUUCCUCGUGCACCGCUGACAGAUCUUUUUGCUGACUUUGAAGGUCAAGAAUAUUCUUCUAGUCCAGAAAAUAUCAUACUUGAUGGGACUUUGCUCGAUCAUGAGAAUGCUAACACUGUUGUUCGCUGCUCGAGGUUAGACUGCAAGCUUAACACCGCAGCCCACAAUGCACCUGUCAUUCAAGACCCAUUACUGUCACCUCAGCUCAUACCUCUGUGUAUCUGUGGCGCAGCCAUGAUACGUAUUCCCGCUCAGUCGAAUCAAAAGGAGAACAAAUCUUUGAUUUGUGACAUUACAGCAUCACCAAACCUAUCCAUCUUCUCUGCAGCAACUGAGCAAACUGCUUGUAUAUCUUCAGACUCCGAGGGCAUGAGUGACAAGGAAAGUACUCCGUCAUGGCUCACGCCUGACACUCCCGGCCCACAGAGGAAACAUUUGGUCUCCCGGAGUAGUAAAAAUACGAAUGAUUUAAAGCCGUCAAGAGACCUCAAUGUGGAUGAUGAAGAUCAAGCCGCGACUGAAGUGACUAAACUCAUAAAUUCUGCUGGUAAGCCUCCAGUUGACAAGAAUUAAUGAGACGCCAGUAUAGUUGUGGGUAACGAAUGGUAUGAUGCAUCUCCUCAACUAAGGUGCGUUUGGAGGCGGGUGGAGAUACGGGCCAACCACACUACCUCUGAAUUGCACUUCGAAAAUUUUUGUUCGUUUGAGUUCAUCUGCUACGUAACCCUUCAUUUAGAUUUAUAUGAUACCAAGCUUGUGAAAUAUUACGCCAGAAUGAAUGAAAAGUUUUUCAAGAAUUUUGCUCUAUUUCAUAACGAAACAAUUACCUACGUAUCAACAGUCCGUCGCCUACCUCAGACGUAUAUAUUCUUAUUAUAAUGAUGGUAUGAUAUUUAGUAAGACUCACUAUUGACUCAUUACUGUCGGUGCUCUUAUUAAACGAUUGCUACGAGCACUAUGAAUUUAAAUUCCAUCAACUAAGGGAACUCUUCCGUUCUGAGCUGCUUUUUUAGUCGCGCUCGUAGAAGAACCUAAUCAUGUAUGAAUAAUAAAUCUUAUAGAAUCGCGCAUUCCUAUCCUCAGUUAGUAGGAUCAAAUAUUCUAACAUCUAACCUAAUAAUAACCUUGCUUUGAAUAGCAUCAUUAGAGUUAGAUAUCACGCAUUUUAUGGAUAAUCAUAUAAUAAGACACAAAUGUUAUCAUGAAGGCUCGUAUAACAAAGAUAGCCAUUAUGUUGCACAUUCUGUAAAUCAUUUCAUAAAUGCUGGCUUCUGGCAACAAUGCAAACGUUUAAUGUCAUUCUCUCGUAACCAUCACGGUGCAAGGAGAGCUUCAUUCUGAUUUGCCAGAAAUUUUCCAUACCUUCUUUGAAAAUGAAUUGAAUCGUUUGCAGAAAUAUAAGCGUACAAAAGGUGACAAAACAGUAUCAAACCGAGUUCAGACAAGGUUCAGUUUUGGACAAAUUUCGAUAAGCAUUGUACCUAUCGUCAAGUGAUUGUCUAGAUAUGUAUAUGUGUUGGAAGCACGUCUUUUAGCUAGAAUUUAUCGUCCGUCUUUUUAUACUUUUUAACAUAAGUGAUUUAUUUAGUUAGCAUCUUGUCUGAUUGCGUAUGUGGUUACAAGUUACAACUGAUGGUAUUGUCUCUUUAUAUGGCUUAAAAGCUGUCUGCCCCCGAAAUUGACUCCAAAAGGAUACAGAUCUACAAGUGUACAUAGGAUUGGAUCAAUAAUAGACAAAAAUAAGGAAUGUUCGUUUGCUUGAUGUGUUCUGUCUAAAAAUUAAACAGAGAACACUAGACACUGUGCCAUUAUGUAUUCAUCGUUGGACGUGUUACUGGCCUUUUGUAGCAAUUGGAGGCUAUUAUCUUUAUUUUUAAUCAUUCUCAUGGCUCCGUUUAUGAGGGCCAUUACCUAUUUCAACUAAUCUGUUGUUACUAUAUGGAAAAUUUUUAGGCACACUUAACAAAGUGAAGAACAAUGCUGCUGCAAUCUUGUUUGUCUUCCUUACGAGCUUUACGCUUCAUUACAAUAUUUGGGAUUUUAACAAGUCAUCUAAGAACAGACGUGAAAUGUCAUUGCAAUUUCAUGCUAUAUCUGUCAUUAGAUUAAGAUGGACCAAAGUUUUCUUAUUACUUUAAGUCUCGUGCCAAAGUGUAAAAAUCUUGCAAUUCUUCCGGACCAAACUUGGCUCUAUAAAUUCCUGCCUGUAGCAGUCAAAUGGUGAAAGUAUGAGCCUGCUAUUUAAGUUAUGUGUGUCAGUAAGCUAGAAUACUAUUUAUAAUGUAUUUCACGCAAAUAUCUUCGAUGAUUCGCAUGUAUAUCUUCGUUAGAUAGCUCAAGGCGUGUUGCACUUAUUGGUCUGCUAGUGAUACAUCGUUGUUAGAAAUCUUGCUUUGCUGUGAAAUUUUUUCAUGUGCUAUACUACAUCGUUCAUCUUAACAUAUUAAUGUUAAUGAGUUAUCUUAAUGAAGGCCUUAAUGGUGGAAAACUUAUUUUAAUCAUCAACGCUCAAUCGCCGGAAAUUGCAUACAUUUCUCUUAAUUUUUUUUUUCUACAGACCUUCCGCUACACGGCCUCUUGAUACAAAUAAGUUUGUAGAGAUAUUAUUUCAUAUUAACAUUUUUAGUUCAAGGCAAAUGUAUGAUUUUGAUUUCAAAUACAUAAUCGGUGAAAUUUUGAGUUAGACAUUAAUGGUGAUGCCAUUAAUGUGAAAAAAAAAAUAAAUAUUUUGUGAUUCUUGGUCCGGAACGAUAGAAGGAGUUUUCCCAGGAAGCAAAUUAACAACAGACGAGCUUCGUCGAGCAGCAACAUUUGCUCCGGCCACGCUUUUCCUUAUUAGCUCAAUCACUUAUGGCCGAGACGUAAACUGCGCUGUAUCGAACUUGAGAUCAAUUAAUAAUACAAGAAUAUUUUGUUGUGUUUCGAGGGAGCGAAACCUCGCUUUAAUUGCAAGUCCUUUUUUCUUAUCUUCUUACUCAACUCGCCUGGCUGCUUCGGUCUUGGCGCCCGUCUCUGCUCCCAUCCCUGUUCAAGUCCCUGCUCCUUUCCCCGCUCCAGUCCCUGCCCCUGUCCUCGCUCCGUUCCUGCUCCCGUCCUCGCUCUUGUCCUCACCACCGUCCCUGCUCCGGUCCCCGCUCUUGACCUCACCACCGUCCCUGCUCCCGUCCCCGCUCUUGUCCUCACCACCGUCCCUGCUCCCGUCCCCGCUCUUGUCCUCACCACCGUCCCUUCUCCCGUCCCCGCUCUUGUCCCCACUACCGUCUCUACUCACGUCCCCGCUCCCGUCUGCGUUCUUACCCGCUCCCGUCAACGCCACUCCUGUCACUGACACUGUCACGUUUCCAUCUCGACAGUCUUCCCGGCCCUUUGUUCCCGCCAACCGUUCCUGCCCUGAUAAACCCUUGUAUGCUUUCGUGCUCAUUAAACUUGCAGACGUUCGUAUUGGCCAUUGCUCGAUUUUAGUUAAAUAAUUUCCGAAAAUUGGAAUAACCAUUACUGAAUAUUGGAUAGCUAUAAUUUUGGUAUUUGUUAGAUCAUUGCCGAAUGUUAUAAUAAUGUCCUAUAGCGUCCAUUGCUUUCUCCGGCCAACCCAUUUAGCCGCCAACAUAUUGUGCUAGUGCCUUUCUUCCUCGUGAUAUAAGUUGGAUGUCACACUUCGGUUUGUCAAUUUGUUACGUGGUAAUAUGUGGAUAUGGACAUGGCUAUCUUCCCUUAAGUUAGCUAGAAUCAGUUCGAAUACUUCAGCUCUAAUGCUUCGUCACUCAGUCAAUGGUGACGGAAUGAAUUGCGAGAUUCAUUGCAAAAGGAAAGGUUCUGUUUUUCAGAAAUGUGUGCAGUUGUGCUUACAGUGUCAGGCGACAUUUCUAAGAUGAGUGAGAAGUGAGAGUGUAGGAAUAACAUUGAUAUACUCACCAUAGGCCGUGCUUUUAACUUGUUGCGAAUGAUUCAGUCACAUAGUGACCGUGUGAUCAAGGCUUGGUAAAUGACAAAUAAUUAUAAUCUCGCCGUAGAGGCCCUGGGCUCGAUUGCAGGAAUCUUUUCAUUACAUGUUAUGUGAGAUGACAGAAGAAUUCUUAAAUGUUUAAUUGCUAUUUCUUGCGUUGAAAAGCAAUUGUUUCAAUUUAAAUGCUUUUUAAUCCAUUUUGGAUAAUACUAAUUGGAUCAUGAUUGUCAGCUAAAAUUCAAUUGGGCGCCAACAUUUUCACAGGAAUUUUCUGUGGCUCAUGGCUCAGCAGCAGGAGAAAGAUAGCAUUGUUAUCAAAAGUGGUUAUCUCACUCACUAAAAAAUGGGUCGUGAUGACCAACUUGAGAAAAUCAAAGGCUUGUCCAGAAAUGGACAAGAAAUUUUUAACUCACGUGAUCUAUUUUGGGCCAACCUGUGCUAGUUGUGACUCGCUUGUACCAGUCAUGGAUGACUCACACAAGGCGAAACUGUAAAAAAGUGAAUUCGGCCGAGUCGUGUUGACUCACAAUAUGAGAAGUGGGUCGAAAAAGUGCUCCAAUAUUUGGACAAGCCUCUGACUCACUCAGGUGGGUUAUGAUAAUUCCUAACUCAUUUUCUUGAUUGUGUUGAAGGCUUUGACGACGUAGGAAGUAUAUUUGUUUUAUUUCAAAUGUUUUUGUGCACUUAAAAUGGUUAACCAAUAUAUCAUUGAUUCUUCUAUUAUGUUAUAGAAGUGCAUUUUUGCUUGAGUCUUGGAUUCAGUCGCAUUUCGUUGCUGGUAACAAAAAUCAGAGCUGGAGUUAACUCAUACCAAUAGAACCAUUACACAUAAAUAAAUCGCUUUAUCUGCGCAAAGACAGAAACUUUCGCGACGAUUUUGAUUUCAACUUUGAUAAAUUUCUGGCUUCUGUUAUUUCUUAGCACCGGACAAUGAAUAUGAUCAUAGUUCACAGAACCCAGGAUAUAUCGAUCAAAUCAGCAAUAAUAUGGUUUGUGAAAGAGGUAGCCGUGUGAUCUCACUGCUCAGGCCCCAUAGGCAACAAUUAUGCAUGUGCAUUGAUAUGUAUUUCAAUUUACUUGAGGUUUGUCGGAUUGCUUAUUUUAACUUUUUUCGACCACACACUUGCUACCAAAAAAUAUA